GUGUUUCCUGUCUCCUCCCCCCCCCCCCAACUCGAACCAUCACGUCAAGGAAGACCAUGGAAUGUGAUGAGGGGUCACCAUCACUUUAUCCUCAGUGCCCAGCUGGAUCAGCACUGGGCAGGAGAAAUGUGGUGGUGAAAAGUGAGGAGUUCAGCAAUGAUAGGGUUGAGUUGACGGUGGGGGUGAAAACAUCCAAAUCCAACAUAUCAAUCAAGCUUUCUUCCUGUUUUUGUGAGGACAGUGAGGCCUGCGUGGCUCAUCAUCACAGUGAUGAUGAACAUGAGGAUGAUUCUGACAAUAAUUAUGGCCCCAGCACUGUUUACGCAAAAGUGGAGGCAUCACAAAAGGACAUCCAGCAUGGAAAGGACAAAGAGACUGCUGCAGCACAAACACAGAUGCCAAGCACAAAGCCCAAGGCCAGGACGCUGGUAGCAAGCAGGCAGCUGAUUGAUGCGACCAAAGUGGCUUCUCUCAGGGACCAAUCUCCUCUGCCAUUAAUUACACUCAAAGGGGCUGUAAGUUUGGCGAGCACUGACCCCAAAAGGACCUCUUCAGUUCAUGCAUCCAUCACUGGAGAAGCUUCAGUAUCAGCUGCUCAACGGGAUGAAGCCCCAAGAUUGAACAGGAAGCCGUAUAACAUCACCAGAAAGGAAAACAAAAGUCAGUAUUACAGAGACCUUUGCCUGCAGGUAGAAGAGAGGAAACAACAGAUAGAAAGGGAGAGAAAUAGAAAUACUGUUGACGAACAAAAGCACAAUGAGACCAUGCAGCACUCCAUCUGGGGGAUGCCAGGAAGUGGUGCCCCAAACUCCCACCUGGGCACAGCGAAACGUACCAAUAGCCUUUACACCGCAGGAAUUUUACCCCAAGAGCAGAUCCGUGAUAAAGGCUUCAGUGGGACCCCUUUCCACCACCUGUGAAAUGAAGUCCACAACAUCCCCAAAGUGAGAGCUACGGAGCAGUCAGGAAAACAGUACUCUCUGACUUAAAGUAAUGUUUGUUUGUUUUUUGCAGCCAUCAAGAUAUUUGGGCUGUUUCAGCAGCGAAUUCUGAUGGUGGCAAAGAAAUACAGACUGUAAAUAAACAAGUCAAGAACA